AUGAUACGUUUAUUUACAUGGGUACUUUUCGUUUGCGAGAGUAUUUUGGCGCGAAAACAAAGAUAUCAUACGUAUAAAGAACCGAUUUCCCGCGUUACGCCUUAUGAUCCUUCCGUCAUAGAUAAAACUUGCCUAUUGAAACCAGAGUCUGGUCCAUGUAGAGGAGAAAUACGAAUGUACUUUUUCGAUCCCGCUAAUAAGGACUGCUCGACGUUCUACUGGGGCGGUUGCCAAGGCAACGGGAAUAAAUUCGAUUCUAAAUACGAAUGCCUUCAAUCUUGCCUGAGCGCACCGAAUGCUAGGCGUCAACGACCUAAGUGGUGCAGCCUGACGUUUGACUACGGUUUUUGUUUCGGAUCCCUUACAAGAUGGUUCUACGACCCAUUGUGGAAAGUUUGCAAGGAGAGGAUCUAUUCUGGCUGUGGGGGGAAACAAAAAUAA